UGAUGAUGAUGGUGGUGAUGCGUCGAGGCUGGGUGGUGGUGCUGGUGGUGACGGCGGUGGUGAACGCCGCGCCGCCCCCAGACCAUCCCCUGCUGAGGAACAAGCGUGCCCUUCGCCUCAACGUGCCCUGCGUGGCCAACGGGGAGUUCUACCGCAAUCCCAGCGCCAACCCGGAGAAGGUGUGGAGUCUGGGCGAGUGUUCCAAGUACUACCUGUGUCUGGACGAGGAGGUGUACGAGUUCAAGUGCUCCGUUGGUCUUCUCUUCGACAUCAACAGACAAAUUUGUGACUUUAAAUCGAAGGUCUUUAACUGCGACACCCAUAUCCAGUUGACCACCCCCAAGCCCCUACUGUUCACGGACGAGCCCAUCUGUGCCUUCGGGGAGUACGCAUGUGCAGACCGGACUUGCCUGCCGUCCGAACUCUUCUGCGACGGCCAGGUGGACUGCGAGGAUGGGUCCGACGAAGGCUGGUGCGACGCCGAGCACGACCCCAACGCCGCCGAUCGCUGUGACUACGCCAACUGCACGCUGCCAGACUGCUACUGUUCCAGGGACGGCACUCUCAUCCCGGGGAACAUGGAGCCCUCGCAGGUACCUCAGAUGAUCACCCUCACCUUUGACGACGCCGUGAACUUCGAGAACUGGGACCUCUACAACCAGCUCUUCACCGAGACGCGCACCAACCCCAACGGCUGUCCCAUCCACGGCACCUUCUACAUCUCCCACGAGUACAAUAAUUACCAGUACGUGCAGAAGCUGUGGAACGACGGCCACGAGAUCUCCGUCCACUCCAUCACUCACAAGGGCCCUGAGAACUUCUGGACGCAAAACGCUACCAUCGAGGACUGGUUUGAUGAGUUUGUGGGCCAGGCAAACAUCAUCAACAGGUUCGGCGGCGUCAGAAUGGAGGACCUCUGGGGUGUGCGCGUGCCUUACCUGCGCGUGGGCUGGAAUCGUCAGUUUAUCAUGAUGCGAGAGUUCGGCUUCGUCUACGACUCCUCCAUGGCGGCUCCCUUCAGCAACCCGCCGCUCUGGCCCUACACGCUGGACUACAAGAUGCCCCACAAGUGUAUGGGGACCGGACAGAAGUGCCCCUCGCGCUCCUUCCCCGGCAUUUGGGAGAUCGUCCUUAACCAGCUGCAGGCCGGGGAGUACUACUGCGCCAUGAUGGACCAGUGCCCGCCCACCAUUGACGAGGAGGACGUGUACCAGAUGUUGAUGCACAAUUUCAGGCGCCACUACGAUACCAACCGCGCCCCCCUCGGCCUCUACUUCCACACCAUCUGGUUCAAGACGAAGCACAACAUGAAGGGAAUGAAGCGCUUCCUGGAGGAGGUGCGGAAGAUGCCCGACGUGUGGGUAGUCAACAACCAGGAGAUGAUCAAGUGGAUGCGCGAGCCGACGCCCAACUCGCAGCUCGCCGGGUUCGAGCCCUGGAAGUGUCAGCAGCAGGUCCUCCCCGAAGAUAAGGCGUGCAGCAUCCCCAAGACGUGCAAGCUCAAGAACCGGAUGCUGCGCGGGGACCGGUACCUCCACACGUGCUUCGAGUGCCCCGAGGUGUACCCGUGGCUCAAGAACGAGUUCGGCCUCAGACUCUAGACGACCUGACCUGACCUGACCUGACGAUGAGGACCAAGUGACAAGGAACUGAAGACACGAGACUGAGGACGAGACGGCGAAGCAAGGACGAAACCAGACAGUGAGAUGACGACCAGUAAGUAAAGUUGAGAGCAUACAUUACGGCUGCGCGUGGCCUCGGUGCUCAUCUCCGUCACACUAGCCCUUGAGCCUGUGGUGGGCAGGACUAGACAGCGAGGACACAAUAAGAACUAGACCAGACAAAUAACGACUCUGAGGACACGAAAUAGAGAACUAGACACAGAGGACAGAGUACGGACAAGACCAGACAGGAAGAUGACGACAAUGACGAUACUAUAACGAAUACCAGACAACGAAAACACAGUAAGACAAGGCUAUAGGAAGACACAACACGACGCCAGACAUGCAGAGCGAGAACACGAUUGGAGCAUAAAAGGAGUCUGCAAGAGGCCAUUUCAAUCUACACAUCUACGUCAUCUCCUGCAAACCCAACAUCACCCAUUCUCUCCGUCCAUAAGUUUGCCUGAUCUGCUCUUCAAGGUAUUCAGUUAAGCUUGUUCAUCUCCUGCAAACUAAACUUCACCCAAUCUCUCCGUCCAUAAGUUUGCCUGAUGUACUCUUCAAGGUAUUCAGUUAAGCUUGUUCAUCUCCUGCAAACUAAACAUCACCCAAUCUCUCAGUCCAUAAGUUUGCCUGAUCUGCUCUUCAAGGUAUUCAGUUAAGCUUGUUCAUCUCAUCACCACUAUCUGUAAGCAAGUAUUAGGAAGGAUGGGAAGACAGCAUGACAGACAAGACGGAGACAUGACGAGGACAGGAUAUGGUGGGAACAGAACGAGACACAAACGAGAAUAUGAAGCGAGAUCAGGACAAGGAGGACACGACGAGGACACGACAUACAGCACACGAGGACAGGACAGCAAGGAGGAGGAAGAGGACAACACGAGUAAAAAAAAAAAAUUACUCCUAGGACACCACAACAUCGAGACUAAGACGAGAACAGGACGAAGAUGCAACGAGAACACAACGAGGACACUUGAA